GUCACUCAACCUCUGAUGAAAUUUACACAAGACCUGCUCUGACCUUACGUACUUUGAGCAUGUUUGUCACACUUAGUCACCCCGCCCUCCGAGUGGGCCUGGCCCGAACCAUUUGGGCUCGCUCUCUCGCCACAGCCACACCUAUCAAUGAACAAAUAAAAAACUUGGUGAACGAGGAUAAGGUGGUGGUAUUUAUGAAAGGUGUGCCGGAACAACCCCGAUGUGGGUUUUCCAAUGCCGUAGUUCAGAUUAUGCGAAUGCACGACGUCCAAUUCAAAGCUCACGAUGUGCUCCAAGAUGAAGAGUUGAGACAAGGCAUUAAAGACUUCUCCGAAUGGCCCACGAUUCCUCAAGUCUACAUGAAAGGCGAAUUUAUCGGAGGAUGCGAUAUUUUGCUUCAAAUGCAUCAGAGUGGCGAAUUCAUAGAGGAAUUGGAGAAAGUGGGGAUCAAGUCCGCGCUAUUAGAUCAGCCUAAAGAAGAUGACCCCAAGGAUAAAUAAGUGAUUGAAGCGUUUCACUCAUGUCCGUGGAAUAUUUCACUCUGUCAUUGCCUUGGAAACUAAGCAGACAUAAAAACCAAACCCUGUCUAGGAAGAUUUUUGUUUUAA